AUGGCUACGGAGGUCUCGGACAACGCGUCAACACUUCAUGAAGAUUCUCAUUCUUCGUAUUCGAUAGUCGUCCGAACUUCCGAAGUUGAACAUGCCGACACCGUCGCUAUAGUCCGAGUUCAGGUGAAUUACAGGGCAUUUAAAAAAUCAAAAGAUUGAAAUAUCUUGAUAAAACUGGAAAGAUCAUAACUUCAACUCAAGAAUUUUUCCAAAAAAUUGAAAAAAAAAACUUGAAAAUGAAAUGAAAAAAAGUUCACAAAUCACUAGAUUGAGUCUUCAAAAAUUGAAAAUUGUUGCAGUUCAUCAAAAAUCAUUCCUAUCAGACCAAAAAAAGCUAGAGAGCAUUGAGAAAAAAGAGACACAGACGUUAAAAGUACUCUUGAUGUCUUGGCGUCUCCUCAAGUUUCAAACUCUAUAGAAAAUAAUUUUUCAAAAAAUGGCAUUUUUGAAGAAAAAAAUCUAAAAAGAGAGAGAGUGUGUACCGAGAGCGGAGACACAGACAUCGGAUAAAAUGGUAAUGUCUGGGCACCUCUCCGAUUCCAAUACUCUCUCGCUGCCCAAAAACUUCCUUCAAUGAAAACUUGAAUAGGAAGAAAACAGCGAGAGAGCGUUGAAAAAAAAGAGACGCAGACGUUGAAAGAACUAUCGAUGUCUUGGCGUCUCCUCAAGUUUCAAACUCUAUAAAAAAUAAUUUUUCAAAAAAAAGGUGUUUUCCAAGAAAAAUUUUGAGGAGAUAGAGUGUACCGAAAGCGGAGAUGCAGACACAAAGAGCAAACUGGUGACGUCUAGGCGCCUCUCCGAUUCCUAUACUCUCUCGCUCAUGUCCAUUUCCAUGUUCAAAAGAUUUCCAAAAAUUCCUUCAAUGAAACUUUGAAUAGGAAGAAAACAACGAGAGAGCAUUGAGGGCGCAGAGACACAGAAGCAAAAAGAAAACUAAUGUUUGUCAGCGUGUCUCCUCGAUUUCUACACUCUCUAGCUCAAUUUCUUUAGCCUUUCCGAAAAUUCUCUGAAAAUUCAUACGCCUCCAUUUUCAUUCUAAAAAGUCCAUCUCAAAAAGAUUUUUCCUCCUAUUCUUUGGCGUUCUCAGGCAAAAUUACCACUCUCUUGACAAAUUUUGAAAAAUGUUUAAUUAGAGAGCUCUGAAAAAUGCAAAACUCCACAGAAAAUUUUCCUAAUUUCCUCAAUUUCAAAAUUUUUUUUCAGUUAAGCGAUGAGGAGGGCCGACAAACGGAUCGGAUGACUCUGCGACAAACAUUUUCUCAUCGAAAAUCGUUCCGAAGGGGACAUGUAAGUGGUCAAAGAAGCCAUGGAUUAAAAAUAGCCUUUUCCGACUGGAAAAACACGUCUGAAACUUGAAUUUUGUUCCGAGAUUUGAAUUGAUAGCUUCAAAAUGGUCAAUCCUUCCAGAAGAUUUCAAACCUAACUGUCUUAAAAAUCACUUUUUUCAGUCAGACCUGUUCCUUAUAACGAAUCAACCGAGUCUCGGCCGCAUUUCCACCGUUGAAGUGACUCAUGAUAGUAAACGUGAGUUGAAUUUGAACAUUAUCCGAAGAAAAACAAACUUUCAAUGACAUUGACUGAAUUGAAUUUUUUCGAGCGAUUAAUUUAUCAGAAGCGAGAAAAGUGUUAACCCUUAAAAUCUGACUUUUCCGCGUCUUUUUGAUUAGUUUUGAACCGAAAAAUCAAAUAAAAAUACAUCAACUCAAGUUGAUUAUCAAUAGAGCGCAAAAUCUCGUUAAACUGAACCCUUCCAGUGGCUAUUUAUUCACAAGUUCAAUUUGAACAAAUUUUGUCUUUUUCGCUUCUUUUGUCCAAUUUUCGGCUCACAAAUCAUUUUAAAAAAACCUCAAAUCAAGAUGAUUAUCCAUGGAGCGCACAAGGUUAUUGAACGGGAUUUUUUUGACGGCUGUUUUUUCACAAGUUCACUUUGAACAAGUAUUGACUCUUCGCUUCGUUUUGUCCAAUUUUUGGCUUGUAAAUGCACCUAAAGAAACCUUAAAUCAACGUGAUUAUCUAUGGAGCGCACAAGGUCAUUGAAUAAAGUUUUGAGGUGGCAGUGAGAAAAAAAACUGAACUUUGAAAAAAUUUCGACUUUUUCUUGUAUUUUUGAUCAAUUGUAUGCCUAAGAUGAACUCAAACCAAGAUGAUUAUCCAUGGAGCGCACAAGGUUGAUGAACGGCAUUUUUUCGACGGCUGUUUUUUCACAAGCGAGAAAAAUUGGAAUCUUAGCAAAUCUCUACCUUUUCGCGCUUUAAUAGUCCUCAAAAUCUUUUUUCACAAAAAAAAAAUUCCAGACUUGGAUGCGGACAAACGGAGGUGGCACCUGCACUCAGUGAUGGUUCUGAACCACGACAAUGGCAAAAUCUACAACUUUCCUCAUGGGAAAUGGAUCGGCAUCAACAGUUCUGCGGUUCAUAAUUUUAUCAUUUUUCAUCAAUUUUGAAUAUUUUCUUUCUUUCAAGAAUACACUAAACCAUUUUUAAAAAAAAAUUUAUUUUUUGACUGAUUUUUGGCCUAAAAUCAACUCCAAAAUACAUCAAGUCAAGAUUAUCCAUGGAGCGCACAAACUCAUUAAACUGAUUUUUCAUUUAAAAUUUUUACAAUUAGGAAUUGUCACAGAAUUAUCGAUUCUUUUUAGAACUUUUUUUCUAAAAGUCGUGAAACAGUAAAACGAGAUAUUUUGGGGAAUUUUUCAUUUUAUAUGUAUUCUACAUCCUAACUUGAAACUGCCUGAUUUCUCUGGCGACGCUCUCGUUUUUACGUGCUAUUUCGUUUCUGCAGGGGAGAGAUAAGAGGGCGCAGACAGGUCAGACUGUUUCAAGUCGUAAUGUACACUUUUUUCUCGAUUUUUCAGAAAGAAAAUUGAGAUUUUGAAAGUUUUUAUGACUCUUUUCUGGAGUAAAUUUCGCGAAACUGAUUUUUUUGAGGGAAUGUUUUUUAAAUUUAUGGCUUCGAUAGGCAUUUUUUAAAUUUUUUUGAAAAUUGCUUUUUUCACACGGUAGAGUUAUCAUUAUUUUUUCUUGAUAUUUUGUCGAAAAAUCUCCUUUUUUCGUCUUGUUUUUAGCGAAAUCCGAUCGAUUGACUCAUGUCUAUGCAAUCAAUAUCAAUAUUUAUUGGUUGUUUUAGUCCGAUGGAAUCGACUAGGCGGUGAAAAAAUUGCUCUUUUGAGCGGCACUAACACCGCCUUUGGCGAAAAAGAAGUCAAAACGUGUAUUCGAUUGAAUUGAAAGCAUGGUCUUACGGUCCUUCGCCCUGUUCUUCCACAAGUAGAUCCCUCAGUUUCGCGUGUACGGGCACGGCGGGGAUGGUGGGGCUCGGGCACGGACGCCGUGUACACUCUAGGGUAGCCUCGGCCGACUGAGAGAGCUACCACUUCGAGUGAAGAAAAUACACGGAACGAAAAUACACGGUCUAGUGAAGAAAAUCCACGGUCUAGUUGAACAAAAAUGUUGAAAAUAUUCUUAAAAAUCUCGAAAAAUUGCAGGAAGUCGGUGAAGAAACCUCGACCAUGCUGAAGGUCGUCGGAGAGGGUUUCACCGUUCUUCCCGACCAUUUCAAGCCACUUUUCUGA